CCGCAUUGUAAAUACCUACGAAUGGCUUAUCUUUGAGUUCACUAAUUCACACUGUUUGUGUUCGGAAAAAGUUUUACGAUUAAAAAUUUAGCAAUACCUUCGAUGGAUAAAACUGUUCGAUAACCCCGAUAGUAUAAAUUGUGUAAAAUUUAAAGGUCGCAAUUCAUUCGUUUCUGCAAAUUUGGUAAAAGGAGCAACGUUUGUGACCACAAUGUUACACAGCCAGCUGGAGAAUGCGGACUAUCACAUACGGCAGCAAACGCUGAACCCGAUUCAACGCCAGCAGCUCGAGGACAGCCGUCGUAUCAAAGAACGAGCCGAACAGCUUCUGAACAAUGAUUCUUCACCAAGUCACAUGUACCUCAGCAAAAUGAAGAUACAAGCCGAUGUGAAUCUUCUUGAUAAACAUGACUCUUUCUAUCACACUACCAAAAGUUUAUUGGUUUUAUUCCAAAUAAUGGGAGUUAUGCCGAUUAUGAGAGCUCCCAAAGGUGUCAACAUGCCAAGAACGACUUUCACCUGGGGAUCGAAAGCGUUCCUCUGGGCGUACUUCAUCUACGCCUGCGAAACCGUGGUGGUAGUGCUGGUGGCCAAAGAGCGUAUCAACAAAUUCAUCUACAACAGCGAUAAGCGUUUCGACGAAGUAAUCUACAACAUAAUCUUCAUGAGCAUUCUGGUGCCGCAUUUUCUGCUACCGGUGGCUUCAUGGCGAAACGGCUCCGAGGUAGCGAAGUUUAAAAACAUGUGGACCGAUUACCAAUACAAGUAUUUGGUAGUCACCGGAACUCCGAUAGUGUUUCCCAAACUGUACCCGAUAACGUGGGCUUUGUGCGUCGUUUCCUGGUCGUUGAGCAUUGCGAUCAUCUUGUCCGAGUACUACCUGCAGCCGGAUUUUCAGUUUACCCAUACCUUCGCUUACUACCACAUCAUCGCGAUGUUGAACGGAUUCUGCAGCUUGUGGUUUGUAAAUUGCACUGCCUUCGGAGAAGCUAGUCGAGCUUUCGCCAAAGAGCUGUCCAAAAUACUGGCUACCAAAAACCCUGCUGAUAAGCUGACCGAAUAUCGUCAUCUAUGGGUUGACCUUAGCCACAUGAUGCAGCAACUGGGGAAAGCCUAUUCCAACAUGUACGGUAUCUAUUGCUUGGUGAUAUUCUUCACCACCAUAAUCGCUACGUACGGCUCGUUAAGUGAAAUCAUUGACCACGGGGCAACGUAUAAAGAAGUCGGACUCUUCGUGAUCGUGUUCUACUGCAUGAGCUUGCUGUUCAUCAUCUGCAACGAGGCACACCACGCUUCGAAGAGGGUCGGACUGUACUUUCAAGAACGUCUACUGAAUGUCAACCUGACGGCUGUGGAUAAAGCUACCCAGAAGGAGGUGGAAAUGUUCCUGGUAGCGAUCGACAAAAAUCCGCCCACAAUGAAUCUCGAUGGCUACGCUAUCAUCAACCGUCGAUUGAUAACAGCUAACCUGUCCUUCAUGGCAACAUAUCUGGUGGUGCUGAUGCAAUUCAAGCUGACCCUCCUUCGGCAAGGAGCUAAGAAAGCGAUGAUUAUGGCACUCAAAGCCAACAUGACCAGGGCAGCUGCCAAUCGACACGCUCCUCCAGAGGAACCAUUAAUGCAACAGUAAUAUGAACAUAAAACGAGUUCUUUCUUAGAAAUACAACAUGUGAUAAUUUUAAGACAAAAAAUCAGACUUAUUAGAUUCCAUUGAAAGGUGGAAUUUAUUGUUGUUUUUCAUUACUCAUUCGUUUCCUCCCUUCCGAUACAACAACUUUACACGCAUAUCAGUAGCAGCAAUUCGUGGUCCGGGUGCCACUCACAGAACGGCAGAUCCGGAGCACUCAUCGUUCCAGUUCAAAAGCCUCCCGCAUCGCAAAGGUUUUAGAACUUGGUGAACUUCUUCUUAGCGCCAGCCAGCUUGCUCACCUUGAGCACGUUGAAGCGCACGGUCUUGGAUAGGGGCCGGCACUCACCAACGGUCACAAUGUCUCCGGCCUCAAC